ACGUGGAAGAGAGGGAGAUCGACUGCGAGAGGAGCCUGUGCUGAGUGUGUGCCGCCAACUACUUGCGCUGGAUUUAAAGCAUCUUCACUACAAACCGGCUAGUGUGGAUGAAAAGCCACCCAAACUGACAUACAGCAAGAGAAAAAGGGGGAGAAAACAAAACAAAUUGAGCAUCUCUCUCUGAAUCCCUGUUGUGGGAAGAUAGGAAAAAGAGGGUCUAUAUAAAACAAAAACAAGCAGAUCAGAAUCAGCACUGUUUGGGAAGCAUGUAUAAUUCGGUAUGUUUCGUCAUCCUGUCAUGGGUGUUCGCUGUGCUUGUAUUCCCAGGUAAGACAUCUUCUCUUCGUCUUCAUCAUGAACCGUUGUCUCUGAAAGGAGUUCCAGCCAGAAGCGGGGAUUCUGUAUUAAAGGAGAACAUCACCGUCAGACAGGGGGACAGCGCCGUCUUAAAAUGCAACGUGGACAGCAAAGUAUCACGAGUGGCGUGGCUCAAUCGCACCACCAUUCUAUUUGCGGGAAAUGAGAAGUGGUCUCUGGACCCCCGCGUCAUCCUGCUGGAGAACACGGCGGUGACAGAGUACAGCAUCAAGAUCCAAAACGUCGACGUCCACGAUGAGGGUCCGUACGUCUGCUCCAUCCUCACCAACAAGAAGCCAAAAUCCACAAAAGUGUUUCUCAUCGUUCAAGUACCCGCCAGGAUCACUAACAUAUCGAAGGACGUGACGGUGAACGAGGGCAGCAGCGUCAGUCUGAUGUGUCUGGCGAUUGGCCGACCCGAAGCGAACAUCGUAUGGAAGCAUCAUUCACCAAGAGGUACCCAUAAAUUUGUGACCGAGGGGGAGCAUCUGGAGCUGACGGGCAUCACCAAAGAGCAGUCGGGUUCAUACGAGUGCAUCGCUUCUAACGACAUCUCGACCCCUGAUGUCAGGACAGUGCAAGUCACCGUCAACUAUCCUCCCUUCAUUUCCAAGGCGAGAAGUACGGGUACUCCGGUUGGACAAAAAGGCGUCCUGCAGUGUGAAGCCUCGGCUGUCCCCAGGGCAGAUUUUGAGUGGUACAAAGAAGACCGCAGGCUCUUCAAUGGACUCAAUGGAGUUAAGAUAGAAAAUCACGGGAAACAAUCGAUGCUCGUCUUUUUCAACGUCUCAGAAGAAGAUUACGGAAACUACACUUGCGUGGCCAUGAACACCAUGGGCAUCACUAAUGCCAGCAUAAUCCUUUAUGGUCCCGGUGCCAUGCAUGAUGUGAACGGGGCAGCUGUAUGGCCUCGUAGCUCCGUACGCCUCCUGCUGACUGUAACCUUAUUCUACCUGCUGAAGUUCUGAUGUGAAACGCGACAAAUCCUCAAGCUUCUCUCAGCAUUGAACAGCAACAACAGACUAUUAGUCCUAUAAGAAGAAUGGAAAACCAAGAGCUCCAGUAGCUCACCCUUAUUUCUCCUUUACCUUUUUUUUUUCCUUUCCUUUUCAUUUCUUUUCUUUUCUUUUCUUUUCUUUUCUGGCUUUGCAUCAGAGUCUGUUCUCUGUUGGCUCGCCAAGAAUGAGAGGCUUCAGUCCGAGGAAGGGAAAAAUUCAAAUCAUGCACUAAUUUGACGAUGGUAGAACUUACUGAGUUUGUGUCUCCCCAACCUUUUUGUAUGUGGAAAGGGAAAAACGAAAAAAUAAAUGUAACUGUUGAUAGUUGACUGUUUAUUGCCCAAUAUUGAAGUGUACAUUCAGAUUAUUAUUGUGUCACGUCCUGUUCAAUAUCUGUACAAUACCAUUAAGCUUUUUUAAGUAAAUGACAAAAAAGGAAAAAAUGCAAUGUGAUUGUUGAAUUUUACUGUAUUUUUACAGUUGUAUGCAAAACGGAAUAUCAUAUCCUUCAUUAUGAACAGUUCAGAAUAAUAAAUAGUAGACCAUGAUUUCUCAGGCAGAGUCCUACAGCAUAGUGCAUCCAAAUUUUUAUUUCCAUUGUAGUGUGUGUAGAAAUGUGUACAGACAAUUCCUGCUCAGCUGUUUUUUUUUUUUUUUUCAAAAAUACAUACACUUCUUAUUGUUAAAAAUGGUAUUUUUUGACACACCUAAUCACAGCGUCAUAGCAGCUUCAUGGCAUAUUCGGAUUGAGAUCGUCAGUCAGAAAUGUCGGCCCGGGUUGCCACUUCGCUUUCCCGCUACGGCGAAUUUAAUUAAUUAAGCGAUCAGAGCUGAAGCAUGUUUCAAAGAAAAUGUUAACUAUCGCUGUGGCUCUAAUGGGUUCAUUAGCGUCGGGUUAGAGGGUGGUCUUAUUAGCUAUGCUGGUGUCAAUUAUGGAAACUUUAUUUAAUUUGUUAAAAAA